CCAAGACAACGCGCGAUAUGAAUCGUGGUUUGCCUUUAGGCCCGGGGAUCUAGCGCCAGGCACGUAAGGCCCCACAUUGGUGCGGCCCUCCACAUACUAGGGGGCAACGCGGGCAGUUGAAAGGCUUUUCAAGCGUGUGCCGUCGCCACACCCUCAUACUCCAUAGUCAGGCAUUUUAGGUACUUGGCUGCGAUCUAUGGAAUUGAGACAGUUGCUAUUAGCUUGCUUGCAAUCUGAAGGCCGCGCGGUCUACCCCUCGCCUUCCUGGCCUUCGCACCCUUGCCAGUGAGGUCAAGACUGCAUCACCUUAAUAGUCUUCAACCUUUUGUAUACAACUAUCCAACACAGAGACAAUAGGGAACCAAUUGCGCUGCCGACACCAACUUCGCAGACAUUAUGUCUUUGAGCACCUUGGCCGCUGACGAGGUCGCUAAACAGGUUGUAAAGCUACUAGCUGCGUGCGAAGAUGCUUUUGACGAGGAGUGGGAGAAGGUCUGGGACUAUCUUGGCUCAGACUACCGCUGCGUGGGCGAGGGUUACGAGGAGGUCAAGACCCUGUUGAACGACGAGCACAAGGCUCUCCUGGGAGACCGGUCAGGCUGAGGGGUGAGUGGCCGCCUGGCCGGGUUGACGGCUACGGAGUACGGCUUUCCCCUUGUUUACACGACCGGCUGCCCGCCUCCCCGCAACGGGAGGGUUCAGAGCGGGGCGUUCGCUUUCGAGAGUCUCGCUGGCUUGUCCCGUGCUUCAGCAGGCCCCUUAAGAACAUCAUGCUGCCCUAUGGCACCCAAAUGGUGGUAACGAUCCAAAAACGGGGGUGACGAUCCCCGGACAGGGGGUAACGAUUGUUUCGGGCCCGCACGGCCUGGCACACCCAGGACGCAAGCCGAGCGGUGCUGUGGUCAUCUAUUAGCUACUUGUCAUGCAUACGCACAUUGCGGACUGGGCGGAGUGCCUUUCGUCGCCGACAAGCGAACAUGCCGACAUUCUAGUCUACAAAGUGCGUAUUGUAGUGACAGUUUGUGUUAAAACAGUCUACUAUGUGAAGUCUUAAACUUAUGUAGUCUUUGCGCUCGCGAACGAGGAAGUCUGGGGGCUGUAGGCCGACUGUGUGACAUUGUGACAGGGACCCUUGGGCGUGGUAACGACCCUAAGCCAGGGGUAACGGGGCCUUCGCGAGGGGUAACAGGGUUCCUGCAUGGGGUUCUCGCGGGCCUGACUUAACAAGCAGCAUACAGCGGCCCCUGAUAC